AUGGCAAUGAAGGGCCCCAUGUCUCCACUCUCGCUGCGCGCGACGGAGUUGGAGGACCGGCCGCCGGAGUGGAUGGCGCUCAUCGCGCCGUCAUCCUCGGCGGGCCCUGCGCCGCCUCUCCCGUCCGCAUCCAGCAGCAACGGAGGAGCAGGAGGCGGCUUAAAGCCCCGCCGUGUGCGAGUGCUGCCAGUGUCGCACCCCUCGCACGCUGACAUCUACGACAGCGGUUCUCCUGGCGGGACCGGGGGUUUCAUUGGUUCCAACUGCUGGGCGGCAUUUUGGCGCGUAGUGCACUACCUCUUCCCGUGCACCAAGUGGAUGGCGGCUUAUAGCCUGCGAGACGACCUCGUGGCGGACCUUAUAGCGGGAAUAAGCGUGGGCGUGAUGCUCGUACCACAGUCAAUGUCUUAUGCGAAGCUUGCUGGCCUGCCCCCGAUAUACGGCCUAUACUCUGCAUUCGUGCCCAUCCUCAGCUACGUGGUGUUUGGCUCGUCCCGCCAGCUGGCAGUGGGUCCCGUGGCCAUCGUAUCCAUCCUCACCUUCGACGGGCUCAGGAAGGUUGUAGCGGAGAAGCUCCGCGACUCGGCUGUAGCGGCAGGCCUCGCUGCAGCAGGCGGGUUCGGCCCAACGGCAGGCCUGGCUGUAGCAGGGGGGUUGGGCUCCACGGCUGUAGCAGGGGGCGUGGUGGGGGGAAUAGAGCUCCCGGCAGCGGAAUUGACAGGUGGAGCGGGAGGAGGAGGGAUGCUAGGAGGAGGGGUAGGAGGGGCAGGAGGGGCAGUAGGGGCGGCGGAUGUGAGCAUGGAGGAGUUGGCAGUGCUGCUGGCGCUGAUGGUGGGACUGCUGGAAGUGCUUAUGGGCCUGCUCAGAAUGGGCUGGCUCGUGCGUUUCCUCUCGCACAGCGUCGUCUCGGGGUUCACCUCAGGGGCGGCUCUCCUGGUGUGCGUGUCCGUGGCAAAGGACAUUCUCGGCUUCUCCAUGCCGGGGGCGGCUCUCCUGGUGUGCGUGUCCGUGGCCAAGGACAUUCUCCGCUUUUCCAUGCCGGGUGAUUGGGAGUGGUUUGAUUUUUGGGGUCAAGCCCUGUUUGGAGCUGAGAUGCUAAGUUGCAUUAACCCCCACCGUUCUCCCCUACUCCCCGCCCCCCACCCUUCUAAUCCCCGCACUCAUGCCGUACGCACGGCAGGCCAGACGGCGUUUGCGGCAGCCCUUUUGAGGCGCCUCAAAAGCCCCUACUCCCCGCCCCCCACCCUUCUCAUCCCCGCACUCAUGCCGUACGUACGCACGGCAGGCCAGACGGCGUUUGCGGCAGCCCUGUCGCACAUAAUCAAGCAGAUAGUGGCGGGGAGGGCUCACUGGGAGCCCAUGGCGCUGGGAGGGGGCGCGCUGCUCCUUCUCCUGCUGCUGCAGCUGGUGUUUUUUCAAGUGAUCCUCUCUACCUUUCCCCCCACGGCAGGCCAGACGACGUUUGUGGCGGCGCUGUCGCACAUAAUCAAGCAGAUAAUGACGACGUUUGUGGCAGCACUGUCGCACAUAAUCAAGCAGAUAAUGGCGGGGAGGGCGCACUGGGAGCCCAUGGCGCUGGGAGGGGGCGCGCUGCUGCUGCUGCUGCUAAUGAAGGAGGCCGGCAAGAGCUGGAAGUCGCUGCAGGUGCUGCGAUGCGCCGGGCCCUUCACCAGCAUUGUGCUCGGUGCCCUGGUCGUCAAGCUCUGGCGGCCCCAACAUGUGCCCGUGGUCGGCGAGAUCCCCCAGGGUUUACCCUCCCUCUCCACAGCCUUCCCCUGGGAGUAUUUCCCCAAGCUGCUGCCAACGGCGCUGGUCAUCACAGGUGUCGCCAUCCUGGAGUCGUGCGGGAUAGCCAAGGCGCUGGCAGCACGUAAUGGCUACGCCAUCGAUGCCAACCAGGAGCUAUUCGGGCUCGGCAUGGCCAACGUGCUCGGCUCUUUCUUCUCCUCCUUCCCCACCACUGGUGAGUACUGCCCCAUGACAGCCCUGCCCCGCUCCUUCUCGCGCUCAGCAGUGAACAAUGAGGUGGGAGCGCGAACGGCACUGAGUGGGCUCAUCAUGGCGCUCAUGGUCGUGGCCACGCUGCUCUUCCUCACUCCGGCCUUCAGAGACGUGCCGCAGUGCGUGCUGGCAGCGGUGGUGGUGAAUGCAGUGCACGGCCUAGUGGACCUACAGGAGCCGCUCUUCCUCUGGCGGGUGGAGAAGAAGGAUCUCGUGCUCUGGCUCUGCGCCUUCCUGGGAACGUUGCUGCUGGGACUUGAAACCGGCGUUCUCAUCUCGGUGGCGCUCUCCCUCGUCUUUGUCAUUCACGAAUCCGCCAAUCCACACAUGGCUGUGCUGGGUCGCCUCCCAGGCACCACGGUUUACCGCAAUGUGAAGCAGUACCGCGAUGCAUACACGUACAGGGGCGUGGUCAUUUUGCGCAUUGACGCCCCUAUCUACUUUGCCAAUGUGGACUAUAUCAAAGAGAGGCUGCGCAAGUACGAGCUGCAGAGGGUGGCAUGGUGGAAGGACGGCAGCAGCGGCAGCAGCGGAGGCAGGUUGGCUGGCAGCAAUGGGGGGGCCAACGGAAUGGCAGUCAUGGACCUGCGCUUUCUCAUUCUCGAGAUGUCCCCCGUUACUUAUAUCGAUUCCACGGCCGUGCACGCCCUCAAGGAGCUCUAUAACGAGUACAAGGCGAGGGACAUCCAGCUGUGCUUCUCCAACCCCUCGCCCAAAGUGAUGCUCACCAUGGCCCGAGCCGGCUUCCCUGAUCUGAUCGGCCGUCAGUGGUACUUCGUCCGGAUCCACGACGCUGUUCAGGUGAGCUUUGAGCACGAGGGGGGGGGGGAGAGGGGGGCGUUGGGUAGAGUAUGGGGGGAAGGGGGUUUUUCCAACCCCUCGCCCAAAGUCAUGCUCACCAUGGCCCGAGCUGGCUUCCUGCACCUAAUCGACCGACAAGGUACCCCGUUCACCAUAGCGCCUUCUCGCUCCUGCUCUUCCCCAUGCCUGCUUUCCCGCACUCCUGCUCUUCCCCAAUGCCCUCUCUGCUCCCACCAGGUAUGCCUUGCUCUCCUAGAGGACACCGAGAUCACCAUUGAAACGCCUUCUCGCUACCAGCGUGCCGAUUCUGCCGCAGUCAGAGCAACCGCAGCUCAGGCAGGAGGUGGUGUGCGGCAGCAGCAACCACAGCAGCAGCGGCAGGGGGGAGUGCGAGAGGAGCGACCACACACCCCAUCACGGCAUCAUUCGGAGGCUCAGCAGCAGCGGCAGGGAGAGCAGCAGGAACCGCAGCAGGAGGGGGAUGAGCCGAGGGUGAUUUUGCAGCAGGAGCAGCUGCAACUGCAGCAGCAGCAGCAGCAGCAGCUGCAGCAGCUGUUGUAUCAACAGCAGCAGCAGCAGCAGCAGCAGCAGCAGAUGCAGCAGCAGCAGCAGCAGCAGCAGCAGAUGCAGCAGCAGCUACAGAUGCUACACCAACUCAUCAUACCACCUCAUCACCAACAGCAACAGGGGCAGCUGGGACAGCAGCAAGGACAAACCCAAUCACCUGAGCGAACACCUGUGUGGGAGAUCCAGCCCCAGGUGACUCAGCAGGUUUCUCCCACACCAGGCCUCACCCUCUCCCCGCACCUGUCCGCCAGCUUCGUAAAUCUCGCCCAAGCUGCCCAACGAGCCAGCAGCUCAAACUCUGAAGGUGGGUUGAGUACGGUUGGGGAGGAUAUUCAGUCAAUGUCAGGGGAGUCCGAGGAGAGCUUGGGUGCGAGGCGGAGGAAGAAGCAGAGUGUGGCAACGGCUGCUGCAGAUGCAGCAGAUGCUGCAGAAGAUGCUGCCUUCUUUGAAGGGAGGAUGAGCAGUGGGACAACUGUGGGGGAUCUUGCGAGUAGCUUGUCUCCCUUCUUGGAGACCGAAGGGACAUUCCAAGGGCUCGAUUGA